AUGGAUUGGAACGACGGAAAAAAGAAGGACGCGAUACUGGCAGGCAGCAUCGUCGGAGGCAUCCUCGGAUUCGUUUUGAUCCUGUUCCUCGGAAUAUCGCUGUGGAACAACGUCGUUGGGCCGUGGCGCGAAAGGAGGAAUGGCGCGAACGACGCCGCCAGCUUGGAGGAAGGGACCAAUGCGGGGGCGAUUGACAGGCAACACAGAGCACGCAUGGUGUCUGAGUUGUUCACAGCGCCCAACAUCAGACUUCGUUCCAGCUUCCUGGACAUCAGCUUAACAUCACCGAAGCCAAACAGUCAAGGCGAGUAUACAAGCAAGCAAGGCCGCACCCACAAGGCGCGUUGGUGCGCAGCGGCACUCAAAAUGUCGUUGUUGCCGAACAUUCUCUACAAGGAUGCGGAGAAUGGCAAGUAUACGGACCUGACGCUUUGCCUCAGUGACGGCACGGAAAUCAAGUGCCACCGCUCGGUGAUCUGCACGCAAUGCGAGUUCUUCGCGAACGCACUGAAGCCAGGAUUCAAGGAGAGCUCCGGAGUUAUCCACUUGAAGGACGAUCCACCCCAGGCGAUUCGGCACAUGGUGAAAUUCUUCUACACGGGACAAUACACUACCACAGAACAACCAGAGAACCCUGGUCCUGAUCAGACAAUGUCUCACGAUACUCCUUCUGAUAACGAGCCUGGCCCUACUGGAUUACCUCCCGACGAGUAUGCUAAAGCUAUACUUGCUCACGCGGAAGUCUACAUCGUCUCGAUCAUCUACCGGGUUCCAAAGCUCGAGGAUGAAACUUCCAAGCUUAUCAAGCUCGCUCUGGAAAAAGAUAACAUCAUUGACGUCUUCCCUCAGCUCGCCCAGGCCAUCUACUCAGGCGUUCCUGAUUUCGUCUGUCACCUUCGCGGAGAUCUCAUCAAGUACGCCGAACAGCACCUGGUGGAGCUUACCUCUAAAAGCCUGUUCCAGCGCAUGACGUCCGAGGCGCCGGAGCUUAUGGAGAAAAUCAUGCAUGACCUGGUCGAGGAGAAUAAGCGAAAAGAGUUGAAGCUGAAGAGCAAGGAACGUUGCAUUGAUGAGCUGGAACAAACGGUCUCUCGCCUCCGCAAGGUCGAUUACAAGUGCCCUUCGUGCCCCAAAAAGUUUCAAAUGCUUAUGCCAGACGGCCGCGUCAAGGUUGGCUGCCCAGGCUGCGGACGCGUCAGGCUAGCCAUCUCUUGGGAGGCGCAUAAGGUUCGAGAACCAUUCAUAGCUCAGCCGAUAGCUUGA